CGGCGCACUCCGCACCACUUCUGCCCGACGACGGAGCGCCGUCGCGACGCACGUCAUCCGCGAUACCGUCGCACAUCCACCACUCUAGGCAACUCCGCGAUGCUAUUUUGUAUAUAGUUACUGUUGUAUAAGUAGUUAGUGAUAAAGACAAGUCGAAACGAAACAGUGAAACCAAAUUUAUAUCGGAUACGCGUCUGGUGAAAACAAACACAUCGCAGUUUCAUAUUCGCGCAGGCGCGUCUCACGCGGACAUGACGAGAGCGGCCAUCUUGGUCGAGGACGCACUUUCGCCUCGCCCCAGCUUCUGAGCCUGAAUAGAAACCUAGAUUGAUCAUCGCGGACCGACCAUGCGUCACGGGCAAAGCCUCGCGGCGGGCGACGUCUGAGCCCGCAACGCGUCGCUAUCGAUCCGGUAGCGUUAUGGCGUUCGCGAAGUGAAUGCGGACAUCGGGACCGUGCCGCAGCCCCCGCAAAAAAGCGGAGCGCCUGGUCAGUGAUAGUGCUAUAGUGGUUGCACGGUAUGUGAGACAGAGUACCGUCGUGGUUGGGAGGGCGCGCGGGCGGCGGCGGGCUCGGCUGACCGCGCGCCAUGGGCGAGGAGUACGCGCGCUCUCCUUGCGAGCGCUUUCCGGCGGCGGGCGCGUUCAGCGUGGCCCCGCCGGAGCGGCUCAGCCCGCCGCCGCCCGCGCCGCUGCCGGAUCGUUUUUCGGCGUCGCCGCGGCGGGUACGCCGGUGUGCAGAGGCGGAGCGCGCGCGGCGGCCGCGCUAUGUGCCACCAGCGGCACAUGUACCAGUAGAGCGGUACGUGCCCAGGCCGCCGGCGCCGCUACGGCCGCCGCCGCCGGUGUACUGCGGGUUGGCGUGCCGGCCGCCAGCACCGCGAAAGUGUUGUGGACCCGCAUGUCGCGAGGAUAUCGCAGGCUCACCGCCCCCGACGCGAUACGUGGAGUAUGUCGGGGCUGCGGCCGCCCGACGGCUUGCCUGCACGCCGCCGCCACCGCCUCCGCCCGCUCUUCAGCUGCCUUGCGAGCCUCAGGAACCACCAUGCUGCGUACAGGCUCGCAGGCGUCCGCAACCUCCGCAUGAUUGGCGGUCAAGCGCGGGGUUGUUGGCACCUCAGCUGACGUGCCAGACCACAUCACCAGCACCAGCGUCCGCGCCGCCCCACCCCGCGCCGUCGUCUCCGCCACGAGUCGUCUCCGCGCCGCCCGCCCCCCUUUCCCAUCCGCCACCAGAGGCCGUACCCCAACCUGACCAAGAAGAUGGAGUCAGAUUACGCCGAGCCCAUACAGUACGGGACUAUCUUAAGAGAGAGACGAAGACUUUUUUCGGUAUGCAGAAGGAUAAUGAAAGGGAACAAAGGCGGCUAUGGAACGACAGACGGCGGAGGCAUGCGUCGAGAGCGUUCGGCGGGCUUCGGCUUGAUCUGUCAGCGGAUCAUCAUCCUGAUGACGAUGAUAUUAGUAUGUAUGGAGCAUCGGGUGCAGCACCAAGGGAGGCGCGGGGGCGGGCGCGCGAGCGGCCCGACGUGCUGCCCGCGCCGGCUUCGCUCGACGAGCCCUCAACGCCGAUCCGACCGCUUCCCGGGAAGGACAGCGUUGCACGGCUCACACUUACUGGCAUCUCUUAUGUUGUUACUGCGGUGACAAGGCGGUCGAGGCAAUCAACGUCAGCACAAUGGUCACGUUCGUUCCGAGGUAGCGCGACCACGCCGCACGACGACGCUGAUUGCGAUGAUGUUUUCUUUGAGGCAUCAUCACCGCUCAAUCAGCAGCAGCAACAUGAAGAUGGUGACGUCACUGAUGGACCUAAAGGGGCACUCCCCAGGUCGAUGCGAAGUACUUCUUCUGGUGGCGUGCGAAUAAACACACCCAUAUUGGGAUCAAUGGCUGACAACUCAAAUCGAAGGCAGUUUGGUCUCAGCGCAGUCGGAAAAUUAAUUGGGCUAUCCCUAAAAUCGGUAUCAGAUACAGACGUCACGAGACACCUCGACGAGUACAAAGAUUACCGGCCGUACUUCACGUGGUGGGUGAGCACAGCUCAGACCUUGGUGUUGCUGUUGUCUCUACUCUGCUAUGGCUUUGGACCCGUCGGCUUUGGACGACACACGCACUCCGGGCAGGUGCUUGUGAAGACAUUAAGUUUGCAACAGGUGGAAUGGGAAGAGCCAGCGUCGUUCUGGCUAGGCCCUCGUGCUGCAGACUUGAUACAUUUAGGUGCCAAAUUCGCGCCUUGCAUGAGGAGGGACGCGAGGAUAGCUCGUGCGAUCGCCGCCCUUGCAAGAAGAGAGCGAGACACGGCUUGUUGCAUACGAAAUGAUGACUCAGGUUGUGUGCAGUCCUCGAAGGCGGAUUGUUCGAUAAGAGGAUUAAUAACAAAAAACACAAUAGAAACGUGGAAGAAAUGGUCAACGGGUAAUGGGCCCGGAGGUCGGAUAUCAGGGUCAGUUUGUGGAUUAGAUCCCAAAUUUUGUGAAGCGCCGCGUUCAAUAGCGCCCCACGAGUGGCCCGAUGACAUAACAAAAUGGCCGAUAUGCCGUAAGUCCGUGUUGGACGGGUCGGCAGCGGCAGGGCGUGCGGGCCACGCCGCCGAACACAUGGCUUGUGAGGUCAUCGGCCACCCGUGCUGUAUAGGCAUUCAUGGGAAAUGCGUCAUAACUACUAGGGAACACUGCGAUUUUGUUAAGGGUUACUUUCAUGAAGAGGCCUCCUUGUGUUCACAGGUAUCUUGUCUUGACGAUGUAUGUGGCAUGUUUCCGUUCAUGCGGAGACGUCGUCCAGACCAGCUGUACCGUGCACUGACGUCACUCUUCGUCCACGCCGGUCUCCUGCAUUUAGCCAUGACGCUGGCACUACAGUGGCUCUUCAUGAGAGAUUUAGAAAAAAUGGCUGGUCCUGUUAGAAUAGCGUUGAUCUACCUGGGCAGUGGUUUCGCUGGGAAUAUGGCCUCGGCUAUUUUUGAACCAUAUAGAGCGGAGGUGGGCCCAGCUGGAUCACAUUUUGGUCUUCUAGCGUGUUUGAUAGUAGAAGUAAUAGCAGCACGGCACAAGUUGAAACACCCGCAGCGCGCGCUCAUGAAAAUGCUCUUGAUAGCAUUAGCGCUAUUCUUGGCAGGUUUCCUGCCUUGGAUCGACAAUUUCGCGCAGGUUUUCGGUUUUAUUUUCGGGUUUCUAAUCUCAUACGCCGUGUUGCCUUUCAUAUCUGAUGAGAGGAAGAAAAGAGACGAGGAGGACGAGAGAUAUGAGCGGCGGAGGAGGUGCUGGAUAUUAGGGGUAUGUUUAGUGUCAGCGGUGGGAAUGAUCUGCACGCUGGUGGCUUUGUUCUACGCUGCGCCGGCGUACGAGUGCACGGCGUGUGCGUACUUUACGUGUUUGCCGUUCGCGCCGGACAUGUGUGCGUCACAGGACGUGCGCGUGCGGCAGUUGGACGGGGUAUGACGGCGCGCGGCCCGGGCGCCCCCGCCGCCGCCGCGUCCCUGCCCCGCGCCCUCCGCGCCCCCUGCGCCGCCCGCCCGCCGCCGCCCGCGCCGAGCCGCCGCCUAGCGCCCCAUUGCCACACAGGACACAAGACCUACAUAAGUCCGCCUUUACAUUUCUGACUUGUACUCAUAUUAGUAGAUUACAUAAGUAUCGUAAGUACAUUAAUUGAACGAUCAGAUUAACGCUAAGUUUAAGUAACUUAGGAGUGUUUAUUUUUACAAAAAUUACACUUGCGAGAUUUACUCUGUAAGUUCUAUUUACAUAGGUAAGUAUUUUGUGUAAUAAAAUUAUAAUAAAUUUUCUUUUGAAAAUACAUGUAAUUUUUUGCAAAUGUAAGCACUCUUGUAACUUAUCAUUAUAAUCCAUCGAUCGUUUAAUUAAUUUACGAUAAGUUAAGUAAUGUACUUAUGUGAGUAAAGUAUAUAAAUGUAACGUGGUCUAAUGCACAGAGUGAAAGUUUUAGCCCACAGAUAUAAAUAAAGAUAGAAAUGUCUUAUAUAGAAACAAAGAAAGUAAUUACUGUAACGUUUUUCUACUUAUUAUGGCAUUGUUAUAAUCCGCAUUCAAUUUUGAAAGUACCACUAUUACAGUAAUGAAAUUAUUGGUAUUUAUUGUCAAAGAAUAUAACAAAAUGUAGUUGAGAUCUUAUAGACAUUUGAGCUUCCUUUAAAUAAAAAUUGACACGAAAAGUAUAUGAAGUCGCUACAUCUAUUUUAACCCAUAUCUGUGUUUUAUCUAAAAGGUAUUUGGCAUCACAAAAAUAUGAACAAUCCGAAUAAUCUGUGGGAUGCAGCGCUCCUUAGACUGAUUUCAUAGCCCACAGUACUGUUAAUUUUAAUAAUGUUUCCAUUCGACAGAUAACUUUCCAAAUUGAUAACAGGCUAAAAGUUUAUACUCUGUACAGAGGUUCUUUGUGCCAUCACAUACCAUUUGCCCAACAUCGAAAAUUCGGGUAAUGCGGCAUAAAGUCAGUCGAAAAUAUUUUAUUAUUUAUUUUAGUAAAUAUUUUAAGUGGCAAUAAAGAAUGUGCGAUACUCGUAGUGUAUAAAUUUUUUAUUGUCGUCCCUAAAGGAAUAUUACGUAAAUUAUUUUUAAUAGUUGUUAUUUCGAUUUUAUUUUAUUUUUCUAAAUUUUUGUCAACAAAUCUUGUGCAUUAAAAUGGGUAACUUGUAUCAAUAUUAAGUCGAGUAUCAUGUCGAAAAUACUGAUAAGUCAAAUUUGAUCUAAUUUAUUUAGAUUUUUUAUAAUUAACAAUAGAAUACUUAGAGACAGAUUAAAAACUAGACAGAUAUGCCAUUAAGAGUUUUAUCGUAUAAGUCCAUCCAAAGACACUUCUUUAAAAAGACGUUAUCUUCAACAAAACACCUAUUUUGCUACUCAAUUCGACUUUAGUAUUCGACUUAUUUUAAUUACCUGCAAUACGUUUCUAAUUAAUCUUUAGAGACUUUCGUUUCAUAUUUUUCUAUAUAAAAUGUGUCAAAAUUAUAAUUUUAAAGACGUGUUUAUUUUGUUGAUAUAGUUUUACUAUCUUAUAAAUAUUUUAGUAAGGUUUCUACUCGUAUCCGAAUUCUAUGUGUUCGAUUUUAUUUAGGGACUUAAAUCGAUACUCAAACUGAUCGUUACUAAAAUGUGAGAAAUGAUUCUAAAUGAAACUGAAUUAAAAAAAAUUGCAUUUGUACUAAAUCGACGGAUAAUUGUUACUCGCGAACGUGACUAAAUAUUGUAAAUACUUUGUAAAUUACACUGUUGAUCUUAAGUGAGCCGUGUUUAUGUGUGACUAUGUUCUAACCUGCGUGAAUUUACGGAAACAAAGUUAGAAACAACCUCAAACCAAUUUAGUCAUUCAUUUUUCAUGAGACGUAUCUUAAAGAAAACUCUAUGUUUAAUAUCCUAAUAUUAUAAAAAUUUUAUACUCAUUUUGACAUUUAUUUUUUUUUAUUCUGUGAUUAAAAAUCAAUAAAGACUAUAUUGUUCUUUUGUUUUUAGCUUGCCGUAUAUAUUGUGUAUGUAUAUUAAUUUUAAAUUACCUUUAUCAAAUUAAAUUUUAUAGGUAUCUGAUAGCUGUUUCUACGUUUAUCUGCUUUAAUAAAAUGUCCAGUUGUAGUAAAUCGGCGGUGUUAUUAAUUUGUUUCCGUAAUGUUGUCAAAAUAUACACAAUUUAGUAUAUUACUAAAUAAUGUAAAUAGCAUGUUAAAGGAUAUAUUUGAUAUUUUCAUCUAUUACUUUCACAGCAUAUAUAAACGAAUUCAGUCUAAUCUAAUAAGCAUCACUUUUAUAAAUUUUUUAUUUGGCAUUUCACCGAGCAGAAAUGUAGUACUUAUAUAUAUGAUUAUGUUAAAUUGAAAUAUAAAGUAUUGAAGUAAGGAUUAUUGCGGUAAAAAAUAUUAACUACACUUGUUGUCGGGAGUUUCUAGACCAGGUAUCGUGGAUUUACUAAAUUUUGCAAGUAAACAUACUUUAGUUAAUCUUACUUAGAUUAUAACAUAUGAAAGGUUUUUUGAUAUUAGAGAAAUCCCAUCUUGUAAUUUUACAAAUUACUAGUAAGAAAUUGUAUUUGUUGAAUUUAGACGUUUGGUUUGAAAAAUAAGAGUACUUGUUUUAUUUUUUACUCAGAGUUUAGUUUAGUAUAGCGAUAAUAUAAAAAAAAAAGUUUUUAAUUUUUUUCUUAUACUCCAAGUAUUAUACUUCUGCUCGGGACUUAUAUAGUUAAUCAUGAAGUCUGUGUAGGUUUAUAUAUUAUUUUAUAAAUAUAUGCUAGUAAAUAUUUAAAACAAUGUAAAGUUAGGAAUAUUUAUUUUAAUACUGAUACCAUAUAGGACGAUGUGACUGUCUCCCCCAUAUGCAAUGUUAUGAUUGAUACUAGUAAUGAAUCGUGUAUUUCCUUUUAAAAUGUACAUAAUUAAUUUUAAUAAAGCGAUAUUGGUGAUGAUCAUAAUGAUUAUGAUGUAAUGAACAGUUUUUUUCGUCAAGGAGAACGCUAAUCGAGAAUCGAAUGAUGUAAAUGAUAAUUUUAUACAAAUCAAACACAAAUUAAUUUGUAGAUAUAUUGUAAAAGUUUCUGUAAGUAGCUAUAUACAAAUUCAUAACAAUGGAAAAUGUGUAAACACCUUUACGAAAUUGUCGCACAUUUAUUUUUAUAUUGUAGUUAUAUAAGUUUGCUCAGUGGUUCGUUCGCAAUAACGUAUUAAUUAUCUGAAUUGAAGUUGUUUAAUGUAAAGUUGCACAAAGAAAUCUCAUUCUCUCUUUACUUUCGUAAUGGCAUUUCUCUCUAAUAUACGCACAUUAUGUGUUGUAAAAGCGUUAUUAAAGUUUUUCUUUUUGCAUAGUUCGAUAAAAAAUUUAUAAAUAAAUUAUCUUUUUAAUCCAAUAAUUCGUUAUUUGUUCUAAAGAUAAUAACGACAAAUACUAUAAUUUAAAUCAUUCACAUUGACAAUUAAGAUUAUACUGGAAUUAUGGGUUUUAGUACAAAAAAUCAUGUUUAGGUAACCUCGAUAAAGAGUAUCUUUGUCAUCGAAAAGUGAAAUGCUUUUCAUAUUAGCCUAUUGUUUAAUUUAUUUGUAGAUAAUCUAUAAUUUUAUUUUGUAAAACGUACCUGAAGAAAACGUAGGCAAAAUAAUACUCAAUGCGAACACCCAUCGAUUUACUUCGAGUAUAUAUAUGAGUAUUUCUAUUAUUAUGUAGUUUCUUUUCAUUUUAGUUUUAAAACGUAAAAACCUUUCCACUGCAGACAAUGUUAUUGCAAUAGUUGUUACAGAGAACAUAAACAUUUAUUCUAUUCUAGUAUUAUAUUAUGUUAUAUAUAUAUAUAUAUAUAUUCCAAUUAUUAUGUUAUGGUUUUUAUGAUUACAUUAGAUACUUGUAAAAAUAAAGAUUUCACAAGUACUAUUCUAGUCUAAAUACAAUUCUCAAUGCGUGACAAUUAUCGUAAUUUUAUUCAUUAAUAUCUGUUUUUUGGCUUACAAUUUCUUUUUCCAAUAAUCAGUCAUCAUACUCGAGCUCACUUUUAUUAUAUGCAUAACAUCUUUUACACAGCUCUUCUUUCCUUUAAUUCUUUUCGCUCUCUAUGUUUUAUUUAUAAUUGUCAAUAUUCAUACGCAAUAAUUUCUUUAAUUGACUUAUUAUUAUUGACUUAUAUUGGACUUCCAGUCCUUUUGUAUUUUGUAUAUUUUCAAGAAUUUAUAUAUUUGGCUCUAAUUGUUUCAUCAAUAAUGCUAUAAAUGUGGGUGCAUAGUAUAUUAGAAACGAGGAAUGUUUGUUUCCAAACGACACUAUAACAUCAUUUUACAUAAAGAAUAACAUUUUUAAAAUAGUAGUAAAGAAAUUAAUAGGUGCAAAUAUUUCAAAUUUCCUGGAAUUAUUUAUUAGAGAUUUAAUUGCGCAACUAAGCCCAAUUUUGUACAGGAGAAAGGAUAAUAACAUUGGGUAAAAGGUUUUAGUUACUAUUUUCUUACAUUGACAUUCGAUUCGAUGUUGAUUUAUUUAAAAUUAGUUAAUUUAUUUUUUUGAAAAAAUAAACAUAUUAUUGUAUAAAUUUAUCGAAUCAUUAUCGUCACUCGCUGUAUGAAAAGGGCUUAAUGUGAAACAGAUUUAGGAAACCGAAUGAUUAAAUAUUGUCUUUUAUAAAGCAUUGAACACUGCCUAAAGUAUUAUACUUAUUUAUAGCCUGUAUGUUUUAGUUACUACAUUUUAGUAUUUUUGUAGUCUUCAUUUGUGUGUUGUAUCAUAAAAAAACUUAUUGUAUGUAUAUAUUUCAAUCGUUUCUCUAAGUAAUGUACAUACUGAUAACAUAAUAACAAAAUUUUGUUACAUAUUAUAUUAUAAUUCGUCUCUUGAUUCGAAUACUUUUCUAAAUAAAUUUUAUUUCAUAUAUUUAUUUUUAUUUUCAGAAAAUUUAUUCAUGUAAAUGUCUAUAGAAACUUAGUGUAGACUAAGUCUAAUAAAAAUUUAAGUAUUAAAAAUAGUUUUAUAUACUUGUUUCUAUUUGUACAAUGGACACGCGCUAUUAUCUAUUCGCAUAUUUAAGAAAAAGGUGCAUAUGUAGUUUCAGUCAUAUUUUUUAACUUAAAAGCACCACUCACAUUCUGGGGUGGGCACCAGACCUUUCUUGCCCUCCCUUAAAUAUGAUUAUGUUAUUAUCAUCGCGUGUCUAAUUUUUACCAUUAUUUUUUGUAUUGAAUUUAAAAGUGACAAAUAUUUAUUUCAUAAACUGUACUUUAUAUAGGUAUGUUGCUUGACUGUACCGCAAUCUUAUUGACAUUGUUAUUUAAAAUUUAGAUAUUAUUUUACAAUUGUCAUUCAUAUGUCUAUUCUUGAAACAAAUUAUAACUGAAAUAUCUGUAUGUUAUCAAUAUGUUACAUUAUAUUCGAAACGAUUGGGGCUGUCAUUGAUACUAUCAGGGUUUUUAUUCAACUAUUCUGUAACUUACUGAUUAAUAGUAUAAGACACGAUGCAUUGAUGCAAGUAAAUUAAUUCAACAUCUAAUUUAGAAUAAGAUUGCGUAAAAAUAUGAUAGUAGUAAUGACGAAGCACAAAAUGAGUGAUGCCGUGUUUCAAAUGUGUGAAGUGUUAACCCAUAAUUGGAUGCUAAAUAAGCUAUCCAUUGGCUGGCUCUCGAUUAUUCCCUCUUUACUCUUACCAGCGUUACAUGAAGUGCCCUUGUGGCCGGCGGCCCGGCGGACUGUUUCAGAAUUUAACUCUAAGAAAAACUUACAUAUUGUACAUUGUGAACAUACACGUAUUAUUACAUUAUUUCGUAAGGAAAUGGUAAAGUAAUCUUAUUGUAAACUAGUAUUAAUCGAACAAGAAACCUUAUUAUCAUAAUA